CCGUCUGAGAUCAUCUAUCCGCAGUUGCCAUAGGGCCCCUACACUUUUCCUAUUCUACGGUCUAACACUCACGGUAACCGGGGCAGCCGCUUUGGGACUUAUUCUGCUAUCAGCAGAUUGCAGUCGUGCAGAACCUUCGGCCUUUCGUCCCAGAAAAAUAGAUUUAUUAGAUAGAAAUCUCCGUGGAUCUUCAUUUUUCACCAUAUAGUUGAUAGAAUUAGGGUCUUACUAUUAAUUAAUAAUAGAAAAAAAAAGAAUGGCAUCAGCAGCAGCAGCAGCAGUAGCAGCCUCUUCCACCCUUCACUCCAAUUUGCAUUUGUUUUGGUCCCCGUAUACGAACUCAGUAAACCCUAGAAACCGGCAUGGCCCCUCGUGGGCCUCGUCUGAAAAAUUGCUCCAGCUUUCUGCCUUCAAACCCAACGACUCUAACGAGUUCAGGUUUAGUGCUAGUCGGAGGAGGGUUCCGACAACCACCGUCACUGUGGCUUGCACACGGCCCCAGCCCGAAAUGGACUCUACAGUUGAUUGCCUCGGCACCGGACUCGACGUCGAUUGUGUUGUCUCUGAUCAUACGGAAUCCUCGUCUGAGACCGACCCUUUGUUGAAGCUGAAGGGUUCAGCGUUUCCCUUGAGAGAUGCAAAGAUUUCCGACCAGGGUUUUGCUCGAGACUUCUUGGAUUGGGCUCUAUUAGUUUCUCCCUUCUUCUUUUGGGGAACGACUAUGGUCGCCAUGAAAGAGGUCUUGCCCAAGGUCGGACCUUUCUUCGUGUCAUCGUUCCGACUUAUUCCCGCAGGUAUGAUUUUGAUCGGUUUCGCAAGCUUAACGGGGAGGAGGCAACCUUCCGGGGUCACCGCGUGGGCUUCGAUCCUUCUCUUUGGAUUUGUCGAUGCUGCUUGUUUUCAGGGUUUCCUUUCCGAAGGUUUGCAGACGACUUCAGCGGGUUUGGGUAGUGUGAUAAUUGAUUCACAGCCUUUGACGGUGGCUGUACUUGCAGCCUUAUUAUUUGGUGAAUCUAUUGGGUUUGUUGGAGCUGCAGGUCUUGUCUUUGGUGUUAUAGGGCUUCUGCUUCUGGAGAUCCCUGCUCUUACUUUGGAGGAGAGUAAUUCAUUGUGGGGUAGUGGAGAGUGGUGGAUGCUUCUUGCGGCUCAGAGCAUGGCAGUGGGCACUGUUAUGGUCCGUUGGGUAUCCAAGUAUUCUGACCCCAUCAUGGCAACCGGAUGGCACAUGGUUAUUGGCGGGCUACCUCUUGUGGUGCUUUCAGUACUUAAUCAUGAGCCUGGUAUCAAUGGGAGUCUAAAGGAGCUGAUGACAAGUGAUCUUCUGGCACUUGUCUAUACCUCCAUAUUUGGAAGUGCUGUCAGCUAUGGUGUAUUCUACUACAAUGCAACCAGAGGUCUUCUUUACUUAUUGGAGUGGAGUCAUUUAAUAUCUCUUCAGUCAUCAGUGCCAGGAUUUCCAAAUCUCAUUUUACUGAGAGAAAUUAUCUAUUGGUGAUGCAUUUGCAGGUUUUUGUACCUUGGUGAGACAUUCUCACCUCUGCAACUGGUGGGAGCUUUCGUCACUGUGGUUGCUAUUUACAUGGUUAAUUAUCGGACUGAAGAGAAAUGAAGCAAGUGGUCAAGAACAGUUGCAGGAACAUUCUUAAAUAAUGAAGGAAUAUAUCGGUACAGCUGUCUUCUCGAGUGUUCAUUUUUUUUGUUGGAGUUAGCUGGUUAUCAUCAAUCAUAUGUUGCUUCAGAGAUAUCAAAGGAAAGAGAUGGAGACCAGGUAAGGUUGGAGAAGAUGGCUUGUCCAUGUUAGUUGUUAUAGACAUGGAUUUCAACUGUGAAUGCUGUAUCUCAGCUUGAUGACAAGGGGCACCAGUCACUCAAGCUAUAUGACUAAAGCUUCAUGAUUGAUCUAAUGGGAGUAGUGAACAUCUUACAGUGUGUAAGGUGUCAAUUGUACGUGUAACUUUAGUAUUUCAUCAGGAUCAACCGCGUCAGACCCACCCUUACCCGCAGGGAGUACUUCCUCUACCAUCAUGAUUGAAGCCUUUUUGUUGUUUUUUCCCUGUUAUUUUAGGGUUGGAUGUUAAUUUGAUGAUUAUAUGGUUAUGAUUAUGUACGGUCGUGCUUUGUGCAUCCGCCACUAGUGUUUGUAAUUGUAUGAUUAGAUUUCAGCUA